GCUGUCAUUCUACCGUGAUGGAUACUAGUGAAAUAGGGUUAUAUAGUGUAGGAGUAGGGGCGUGGUAAUGGUGUUCACGUGACUAGCUAUUUUUUUGUUGAUUGAUUCAAUCGUGCUGCAGUAAGGUAUAACCUUCGUUAUUAUCCACGUGCUUUUCAUUUCUAAUCAUGUAUUGUUUUGGUUUCUUCAAAAAUUGAAUUACAUAUUAAAAUAAUUAUGAGGUGGCAGUGAGCACUGAGAUCAAGCACACAUUGUUAUAACCUUUGAAACAACUUUGCAAUCAUGAAUUUAAAGAGAAAUUCAUUAGCAGAUGAGCCGUUGCAGAAAAGAAGAAAAGUCGCUGACGCUGCUUUUAAAACUUGCGAUUUAUCUGUGGAACAUGAAGAUGUGGCUCUGGCAACAGAUAGUAAGGAUGUUUGGAAAACCUUUAGCAACUGGGUAUCUACAAAGAAUUUUAAGAACUUGACAAGGAACGAAAUCGAUGAACUAAGCAGUAUUCUUGAGACUAUAACACGUGAAGAUACAGCUCCUUCAGAUAGUUCUGCAGAAACAUUAAUGGUCAAUACCACUUUGGCAAUAUUAAACAAUGCUUCUUUUCAACAAUACUUCAAAUUGAAUUGUGAAACUUACUGCAAUAUUUUGAAAUGUGUGGUGUCAAACAUACAAAGCUUGACGAAUUUGAAAGAAUUUUUGAAGAAAGUCCCUGUAAAAUUUGUAGCUACGGAAGAUAGGUUCGUGGAAGUGUUUUUAGAGAAUACUUUCGAUAGUUUGAUCAAAAGUUUGCAAGUAUUUGAGGAUGAAGAAAUUUUUUUUCUUGCAUCAAAAACUGUUCAGAGGUGUAUUUUUCUAAAUAAUUUCCAAUCGUUUCAGACAUUAGUGGAACAGGUUUUCUUAAAAUCCAAAAUUAAGAGACAAACUGCUCCACGCAAAUUAUUAAAAUACCUGAUGUCGUGUUGCAAUGAAAUCGACCAAGUCGAAACUGUAAAGAUUGCUUAUAAACUCAUUUUUCAUGCUUUGAGUGAGGCUUAUAAUAGUCACUAUGAUUUGAUAUUGAGGUUUUUCUAUAUUUUGACCCACAUUUUAGGUUUUAAGAUAGAGAUUUCUGAACUCCAACUUGACCAAUGUAUUUUGCCACCAAUUCAUUCAGAAAUUAUACUUUUUGAAUUAUUGGAUAUCAUAAGCCACUUAAAUUUGGAUCCUAAUUUUGUUGUUAAGGAAAUAAAUCUAGAAUCCUUCCUACAAAAUAUAGUGAAAGAUAUUUUGAACAGAAAAGAUAUAUCAUCAGUUAGUUACAAAAUUAUAAAAAAAUGUAUUGAUAUUGAACCCCUAAUAGUUAAUAGCCUUAUUGAAGACAUUAUCACAAAUGCCAUGAUACUUAAAAACUUUGAGGGCAAGUCAACAGAAAGCUCCAAAAACGAAAAGAUUGAAUAUGAAAAUCUUAUAUUUAGUAUUUUUGAUGUAUACUCAAAACUGCAUCGCUUUGAAGGCCUGAUUAGUAAAAUAGUUACACAAUUUCAUAGAUGGUGUACUGAAGAGACUCUUAGAUCGUGUAUUGAAGGACAGAAUUUGAAAAAAAAGCAUAGAAGUAGAUGUAGGUCAGGUGUCAGUGAUAAUAUAAACAUAAUGUUGAUUGUAAAUAAUAUUAUUUCUGAUGCAAUUUUGAAGAAAUUCAGCAGAUGUGUCGAAGCUUUGGCAGGAUGGCAGAUCGUAAAUAUAUUAAAAACACUUUAUCAUGCAAUGAAAAACGUUGUGGACAUAAUAGGUACAUUUCAUGAUGGGGAUUCUAAGUUUUCUGUAUAUCUAGAAGUAUUGACACAACUGUUGUGCACAUUUCUGAGCAGUAUAAGGGUAUCGGAACAUACAGUUGCUCCUAAUACAAUCGAAAAAACUGUAAAAUCUUUGGAAGAGUUACAGUUACUGCUGGGAGACUUUGCCAAACACCUGUUAAAUAAGGAACAUGAUCCACAACUGAUGCAAUCUUUUCUUAGUAUAGCAUUUCAUUGGGGUGAAAUACGACUCAUGCUAGCUUAUUAUUCUUCCUUUGAGUAUUGCAAACCAGCAAAACCUGAACUAACCGAUGCUAUGGCUUGUAAUGUCACUUAUUUACAUCCUUAUCUAGAUGUUCAGAACUGGUGUUUGAUAUCGGAGAGGGUAAAAAAUUUCGGCGAAACACCAUGUAAAACCUUGUUGCAAAAAUUGUUCGUACAAAAACUGCAGGCAAUGCGUAUAUUUGAGGAAAGUGUAACUCAUGACGAGAUUGUAGAUAUAUUGAGAAAUGUAACUCAUGUGCAAGAUCAUUGGAAAUUUAUACUAUCCAAUAAAUUUAUCAUUAACAAUUUACUCCCAAAAAUUGAUAAUCAAAGUAUCAUAGGUUUAAGCCGGAAAAUAAUUGAUGAUUUUAAAGAAAGUACUGUCCAGGAUCUAGAGAAUAUUUCAGGUUCACAGUUAGUUCUAAGUGCUACUAGUUACGUGUGCAUAUUGAAACUUGAGCAUAUCUUAUCGAAAUGUAAGAAUAAAGUAGAAAAUGAUACUUUUGAUUUCAUGAGCUCAAAAAUGGCUGCCGUGUUUGAUGAGGACCUAUUUUUAACAAGGCAGCAAGGAAAAUUUGGGGAUCGCACUAAAGAAAUUUUAAGUACCUUGAAAGAUAUAUAUAUCGAAAAUUUCGGAAAAACCGUCAAACAAGAAAAUGCUAUUAAAAUCAGUGAACACAAAUUUUCGAACGUUUUGGACGUAUUGAAGCGAUUUCCAAUAAUCUAUUGUAGCCCACAACUUCAGCAAAUAUGUUUCAUUUAUUUUAUAGCCUUGCACUAUGAUUUAGAGGAACAUAUAUCGUUGAAAUUAAAAGCUAAUGUUGAAAAUAUUGUAAUAGGAGCACUGCAGCAUUGUAAGUUUUCUCUAACGGACACUCUUCGGUUAGACGUAUUUCUGUUUCAAAUUUUGAAUACGUUUGAUAGUUGGAAGGAAACAUUUACGUUGACGGUUGAAAACGUAUUUAAAAACGAAACAAGAAUCAGAUAUUUGAAAGAUUUUGUUACGAAGUUGUGCGAAAGUCUGACGGAUUUAAAAUAUAUGAGUUGUGCGACCAUUAUUUUGCAGUUUUUAAACAAGUCGAAGAAAACGAAAAUGACGGAAGAAUCAAAAAUUCUGGUAAAGGAGUAUAAACAAGCAAUUUGUAGUGCAAUUUUAAAACUAGUACAACAGAAGAAGCGCAUAACAGAACCGCUAUUUGUAGGAUAUGCUCACGUAUUAAAAUACGUUGCUUCGUCUUCCGAGAAUGACAUCGAUAUUUUGAAAAAUCAUUUGCAACAAUAUUUAGAGUAUGCUUUGAAAACAAUCAAAGAUCAAAUGAUGAAUGAAAAACAAGACCACUUAAUUUUGCUUACCACAUUUCUGCAAAACAAUUCAAAUGUACCCAAAGGAAUUGUUUUGGAAAUAUGGGAUGCAUGCAAAGAUAUUGCACAUGUUUGCAAUGAUCUGGAAGAAUAUGGACGUUUAGUAGUGCUUAUUUCCAUACAAAUACCAAACGACGAAUUCGCAUUAAUUUCGAAGCAUUUGAUGGCUGAAUUGAACAAACAUAUUGAAGCUAAAGAUCACGCGGCUCUUUCAAAGCAUUUGCUGGUUUGGGAAUUUCUCAUAGCAUGCAACUUGAAUCCUAUAAAGACUGUGAUAUUGCACGAUGCUUUUGAGUAUCUUCUACUGAAGAUAACCGAAACGUUAUCUGGACGAGACUACAGUGAAACAUUAUUCGAAAAUAUUCAUAACUUGGAACAAACCCUUAUUCGGACAAACCAUCUCCAUUUGACUCCGUCAUUAGUACAUCUUCUGCUGUUACAACCAGUUAAAUUUUUGAAUAGUUGCAACGAUUUUCAAAAAGGCUGUUCUCGAGCUUUAUCUUUGAUGUCAUCACUCCUGAGAUUUCGGAAACCGCUGAUAAUGGACCGACUGCCAGUCUAUCUAAGACAAUACAGGUUGAUUUUAAAUGCAAUUUGUGAACACGGAAAUACAGAAUUGCGUUUACAAGAAGCCGAAAUUAGACAGAUUUCUCAUUGCGCGCAUCAACUAGAAAAGUUGACGAACGACUUAGUGAGUUGCCAAAAAGAUAUUAGCAGGAUAUCUGUAUACUUGAUUGCCGAUUUGCUGAGGCACUACGAAAACUUCACGCUUUAUAGUGAUGUUAAGAUGCAUUUGAAUAAUUGUAUUUACAGUCUUAUUUCAUUAUGUGAUCAGCAUAUUGUAGCGAAUCUGAUGAGGGUGUUGUCUAACGCUUCAACCGAGAUGUUUAAAAUAAUGUAUGAUAAUUAUAAGAAAUAUUAUCGCUUUACUGGUAAAGUUUGAAUAUGUUUUUAUAUUGUUUUUUCUAAUAUAUUUCAUUACAUCAAGAAAAUAAAAAUGUUUUGUGAA